AUUCAUUCUGAUGUUUUUACUUUUUAGGCAUAUUUGGGGUGUUUUAAUUGUGUUUAGUAAUAUUGCAAGAUGUUUUGGGUAUUAUAAGUGUGUUUUGGGUGCAUUUUGUGUUUUCUUCAGUAUAUAUUAGAUGUUUUUAGGUAUAUUUAACUACAAUAUACAUAUCUUCAGGGUGGUAUGGAGAUGCGAUUGAGUAUUUGGGCAUUAUGGAAUAGAAUAAGCACAGGAGAAUAAUGUGAUUCCUUAAGAGACCCUAAGAUUCAAGCUUCUGCUUUUAUCCUGGAGAGGUGUUCCCAUCAACCUGUUGCCUCUGUCCUGAGGAUGUAAUAAAGCUGACCCAGUUUCUUUGUGCUGUCAAUCACACCAAAUUACAUAAUUACCUCGGUACCCAUAAGUGAGCCAAGGCACUAUGGCAGAAUUGCAGGAGCCAGUGCUGAAGCCAGAGCGCAAGGGCUCUCGGGAAGUUCCAGAGAUCUGCCAGGACUCCCAACUGAUGAUGAAAUUUCGGGAGUACUCAAAAAUGCUCGACGAGAAAAAUGACAAGUAUGAGCGCAUUUACAAGACCAGCAGAGAUGUCACUGUCCGCAGCAAGAGGGUCAUCUUCACUCUUCAUAGAAUUCCAGGUGUGACGGAAGAAGUUAAGGAAAACCUGAUGUCAUCUGCUGCUAAUGAACUGAGAGACAUUGAGCAGACUUUGAUGAAGCACAUAGCAAUGGAAUUAAGGGAUGAAGACCCACAUCAGUUUGUUUAUGCUUAUACGUCAGGUAUUCAAGAAUACAUUGAAGCCCUGUCAUUUCAUUACUUCUUGAUGAGUGGCACAAUAGUCAGUCACAAUGAGGCACAGAAGAAAGUGACCUUCGGGGAUGGGGAGGAGGACAAAGCAGAUGUGGUGCCCCUUAGUGUCCUUCUGCAGCCCAAGGAAUACAUUCUGGGCAUUGCUGACCUCACAGGCGAACUCAUGCGUUUCUGUAUUAAGUGUGUCAGCACUGGAGACUUUGACAAAUGUUACAAGAUCUGUGACAUUCUCAAAACAAUGCAUGGAGGCUUCCUCUCUCUAGGUUACAUUCCAGCCAAGGAGCUGUACCACAAAAUGAUGGUGUUCAAGUCAAGUUUACACAAAGUAGAAGAGGCAUGUUAUUCUUUGCAGCUACGGAAGUCUGAAGUUCCUGCUGAUAUGCUGAGUGAUGUAUUUGAGAUGUAUGAUGCUGAUGAAAACCAUGCUCAUUUCAUGUAAUGUUUAUUGCUUUUAUCAUUAUCAGAAUCUUAUAUUUAAUGUGGAGGUUCAGAAGUUCGUAGAAAAUUUGCAACUGCUAAGAGGAAGUGAAGGCCAAAAAAUUAAUGAUAAAAGUGCAGAACAGUACAUGAUGUGUGAAGGAUUUCUUAUAGAUUGAGGGAUUUAUGAGUCAAAUAUAUUGAAUGAGAUGACUAGUCAAGAUAUAUGAAUAAAUGACCAAGAAAAUGCAAUCCAAUAUUAAGGAGGAUGUAUGAAUGUUUUCAGAAAGGGAUUAGCAGAUCUGAGGACUGAGGUGCAGUCAACUUACAGUUUAUAACAUUUGAAGAUGUUAGGGCAUAGAAUUAGUUUCUUUUCUCUUUCUUUUUGUUCACACAAAAAGCUAUGUUGCCAUGUGGUCUAAAGGAUGGAGCCCCUGCUCUGUAUCUCAAUGGCCCUCUUAAGCAAAGGUAGAAACCUCAUUGAAUUUUUAUACUUUACUGAUACAGUGACAGGUGAUGGAAAGGUUGUUACACUAUAACCAAGAGAUGCACAGUUCAAAUCACUGUUCACUUAAAUAUAGUGUCUUCUAUCAUACUGUGGUUCUUUAACCAUUUCAGAGAAAAGAGAUUAUUAUCAAGUCAUAACAUAACUGUCUAAUAGAAAUGAGUGUGUAGAGCCUAUACAAGUGGAAAGACAACAAUCAUGUGUGUGUGUGUGUGUGUGUGUGUGUGUGUGUGUGUGUGUGUAGAGUUUGCAUGUAUGGAUGUUUGCUGUAAGAGAUCAAGAAUCUAUAGUAUGUUAUUAAUGAUGGCAAACAAAUAAAAAAUCUUAAAAUAAAGAUAUCCAUCUUAAUAUA